AGCAGAUUUCGCAAUGACGCCACUAUGUUGCAAUACCUACUCCAUUCUAGCUAGUUGUAGCAACGUGAUUCUUCUCGUUUCUUAUCUUCUUCUCAACGCAAACAAGAUGGGCUCGGCGCAGGUGGACGCCGAAAACGACUAGUACAACGGCCAAUUUUGUAUUUAUAUUUCCUCGUAGUUGUAUCUAGUAUCAAUCAGUCUUUGGAAUUGGUUACGGCCAUCAUCACAUCUAGCAAUAUAACUUUCUUUCCCUCGUUCUUGUGUCUUAAGAAGACCAACAAAAUGUCGUCCAAGCCAGCAAAGGGUAAAGGCAAGGGCGGCAAGAAGGGUGGCGGCCCUCGCCGCCCGCUCCAGCCCGAUCAGGAGGAUCCGAAGGCGAAGUUUAUCAUGCCGCAAGGCAACCAAGAGCUGACACGAGAGGCACGGGAGGCCAUGGCUAGUAGCGGCGAAGCUUUUCAGGAUCAGGAUGCAGGAGAAGGUGAUAAUUUGUUACUUGUGCUGCUACAACGGUGAUGUUCACCGCAUGAUCAAUUUCAAUUUGAACUAGCCUAGGAGGAUUACAAAAGAAAAAGAUGAUGUUUCCACAAAUGACACAUACGACCUCCAGAAUUUGCAACGCGCAGUCCUAUUCUUAACAUCUCUCCCAAUUCCAUCGCGACAGGCGUCAACGAGCGAGGCGAGGUCGAACAGAAAAUGAUCCGUACCGGUGCCGGCUUGUGGCAACGCAAGUAUGCCCCUAAGAAUACUGUCACGUCUAGUGGCGAGUCUCUUCUGGUAUCUGCGAUUAGGGAUGACGUGGCACAACUAAAUUGGACGUGUGCAGCUUGCGGUACCGUGAAUGUGAGAGUACGAAAGCACUGCGUGAAAUGCCGACAAGCGUACACUGGGCUCAAGGACUUGCUUACUGUGGAUGAGAAGUUGCAUGGUCACGAGAACAAUUUCAUAGAUGGUGCUCAUCUCCGCUAUGGACCUGAAGCUGCGAGCAGUUCUUCUUCGUCUACUGCGAACCAGCCGCGUGGUCGUCCCACGGGAUGGCAAUGUGGCAGUUGCGACUUCGUGAACAAGCUCAAUCGUGCCACGUGUCAGCGUUGUUUCGAGAACAAGCAUAUGGGCGAACUGGUUUACGAAGAACUGUGGCAGUACAACCGUGGCGCGGGAGGCAGCAAUAAGUCGAAUCUAGACUUGGAGAAGAACGAAGAAAAGGACAGAAUAGCGAAGCUGAAGUCGGCGAACGCGAAAGAAGACUUUAGGGGGAAAAUGACCGACAAGGAGCGGAAAGAAUUCAAGCGGAAUUUGCGGGACGAACAUCGAGCGCGGUUGAAAGGAGAAGAUGGAGGCAGGAGAAGCAGAUCUAGGGACAGAGAACGUACGAAGACUCGAGACAGUGGUGGGGGUGCCUGCUCAACUCGUUUACCUUUUGCACCUCCAAAACAAGAGGCGGCAGAAGAGGAUAAUGAACUUGCGGAAGGAUUCUUUUGAAUUGGAAUUCUUGAGCAACUUCUACCUCCUUCCAUGUUUGUUCAUCUCUUCACAUUUCCCGUUGAAGAUAUCAUCAUCUCCAUGUCAAUCCCCACAUCUGAGGCAUCGUCCAUGGCGAACAUCUCGUGUAGUAAAACUAAAGCAACUAGUACAUCAUUUAUAUCUCGGGAGAUACAACUGCUUUUGCUCUUGUUUGUCCACCUUGUUCGAUUACACGUUCAUCCGAAUCAAGAAAUGCAGAGGGGAAACAACAUUGAACAUGUUACAGAAAGGAGGAAUUGAAAUACAAACCGAAAAAAACUAAAAGAACAAGACGAGAGCCC